AUGCCGAUCCCCUCCCUCCCCCUCUUCGCUGCGGCGGAGCAACACGCCCGUAACCCCGAGAAGAUCGCAGUCAUCGACACCACCAAACAACAGUCUUUCACAUUCGUUCAAUUACUAGCCGAUGCCGCAGGAUUGAGGAAGCGCAUACUCGAGGAAUUGAGCCUGACGGUUUCGGGCGACUUGGAGGAGCGGCGCAUUGCCUUCCUCGUGCCCAAUGGCUACGACUACGUUGUCGCGCAAUGGGCUGUUUGGGCAGCGGGUGGUGUCUGUGUUCCACUAUGCACAAGUCACCCGGUCAAGGAAUUGCUGUACACCGUGGGCGAUUCUGACCCCGCGUUGAUCAUCGUACACCCGCAUUUCGAGAAGAUUGCGCCCGCAUUGCGCGAUGGAUGCACCACCGAUAUCCCAUUCAUGGGCCUCGAGCCACUUUUCCAUUAUGAGGCCCCGACUCUGCCUUCUUUCUCCCCGCCUUUUGCGCUCUCCCGCCGCGCCCUGAUGAUCUAUACCUCUGGAACCACCUCAAACCCAAAGGGUUGUGUCACAACGCACGAGAACAUCACAUUUCAAGCGGGUUGUCUGGUCAAAGCGUGGGAUUAUAGUCCCUCUGAUCGUCUUAUUCAUGUGCUGCCGCUCCACCACGUCCAUGGAAUCAUCAAUGGAUUGACUGCCAGCUUCUUGAGCGGCACCACGGUGGAGAUGCAUGCGAAGUUCGACCCGAAGGUUAUCUGGGAGCGGUGGCAGGACCGAGGUUCGUCGACGUUGUUCAUGGCUGUGCCGACAAUCUACUCCCGCCUGAAUGAUUACUUCGAUGCGCACAUCCGCGGCACGGAGCAAGAACACGCCGCGCGGGCUGGAGCACAGGCUCUGCGGUUGGUCGUCAGUGGGUCUGCUGCACUUCCGACCCCUAUCAAAGCUAAGUUUGCCGAAAUCACUGGCCAGGUUUUGCUGGAGCGGUAUGGAAUGACCGAGAUCGGCAUGGCACUGAGUUGUGGGCUUGAAGUUCAGAAGCGGAUCGAUGGCAGCGUGGGGUGGCCGUUGCCAGGCGUUGAGGUCCGCUUGACUGAGAAGGAAACGGGUCGUAUUGUGGACGAAGUGGACGAGGAUGGAAUGAUUGAAAUCAAGGGCGGCAAUGUUUUCCGUGAAUAUUGGCGGAAACCAGAGGCAACGUUAUCAGAGUUUACGUCCGAUGGUUGGUUUAAGACUGGCGAUGUGGCCAAGCGCGACGCGACUGGUGCAUACUUUAUUCAAGGCCGUGCAUCUGUCGACUUGAUCAAGUCUGGUGGAUACAAGAUCUCGGCAUUGGAAGUUGAGCGCAAGAUGCUGGCUCUUGAUGCGAUUCAAGAAGUAGCAGUAGUGGGCUUAGCCGACCAAGAAUGGGGUCAGCGAGUCGCUGCAGUGGUCAAAUUCAGAGACGGGGCUACACCGCUAGAACUUCCCACAUUACGCGCUGGGCUCAAGAAUGAAAUGGCGCCUUACAAGAUUCCUACUGUAUUGAAGGUUGUCGAUGAGAUUGAGCGCAAUGCCAUGGGAAAGGUCAACAAGAAGGUCAUUGUGCAAAAAUACUGGCCAGAUAAGGUAUGA